AACAUUACUCAUCCCCCCUUCUACCUUGUUUAAAGUUGUUUAUUAAAACUCUGUAGGAACCAGGAACUGAGGAAAACAACACAAAACAAAUAUGGAAAGUAUUUGAGGUUGUUGAACUUUUUUGUACAAGUGAAAAUGGGAAAGAUUGAAUGGGCAAUGUGGGCAAAUGAGCAAGCCGUUGCCAGCAGUAUUAUUGUUUUUGUCGGUGGAGUCCUGAGUUGGAUUGGGAAAUUUAAAAGAUGGCAAAUAUCAAUUUAUGCUGUAAUUGCAAGCUUGCUCAUAUUUCUUAUGGAAUAUCCCAGAGGAAGAAGAGAAACAGGAAAGACGAAACAAAGAUUUGCACAGAAAUUUUUAACACCUGUCGUUAAAGCCUUGGGUCUGUUUGGAAGAAACUAUUAUUUUCGCUUUGUUUUGUAUCUUGGGUUGUCGAUCCCUUGUGGAUUUCUUUUGUCAACAAUCAUUGGUGGUGCUUGUCUGUGCAUUUCAAGCAUAAUUUAUCUUAAAGCUGCCAUUGCAGGGGAAGAAUGGAAACCUUGUAUAGUUGACUCUCAAGCAAACAAAGAAAAUAUUUCUACACUUCCAGAAGCACCAAAUCAACCUCCACCACGUCAACACCAAGUCACCAGAAGUAAUGACAACUUAUAUGAAAAUGUUGCGGUUACUACUGGCUAGUUUCAAUAACUGCGUAGUACAAAAUAAUUUCUUUCUUGUUCAACAUGCAUAUAAAGUACUUUUAUCAAUAUUAAACAAGCAUCAUGCUUGUUUGUUGACACAAUUUUUUUAUAAAAAAUUUUGUUGUUAUGUAUUAUAUAAUAAAGCUCAGUGCUCAGCUCUAA